CCCGCACAAAAUGUGGAAACAAAUUGAAGAAAGUUGAGCCGAGAUGUUAAGUGCCGGUCGAAAAGUCCCGACUCCCGUCUGACGCUGUGGCGGCCGACGCACCGCGGACUCGGCUCCCAAUCGGGACAUUUGAAAAAAGGCAGGAUUCGGACGUGUCGAUUACGCGACAUGCACCAGUUUGUCCGCUUGGGGACUGUACCAAUCGAUGCUUUGAUCAGGCUGACAGUCACCUGCAUCGGUAUCUAACUUAUUUCUCCCACGAGAGCUUGAAGCGCCAACUGGCGAGCCUCGACAUCGUGAGCAUCGCUUCGGCGCAUCUUGUUCCACCAUGUUCAAAUUCUUCGACUCGUUCAUGUUCAAUUUCGAGCUGACCCGGCUCCUCGGCAGCACGCCGGCCGGCGGCUGCGAUGCCUGCGAAUUCCUGACCGCCGUGGGCAAGAUCAAGAAGAGCGAUCCCGAGUCGUGGCACGACGCCUGGAAGGAACAGGGAGAGCGGGCCGAGGCGAUCGCCGAGGAGGCCGCGAGGGCUGGCCUGAAGCCGCUGGCAAAGAACGCAUACCUUCGCGCGGCCAACUAUUUCCGGGCCGCGUCAUACCUGUUCUUCAACGACGAUCCGAGGGUCGUGCCCUUGUCCGAGAGGUCGGUCGCGGCCUUCGUGCGCGCAACGUCUUUCAUGGACGGCGCGGUCGUGUUGGUGGAAAUCCCUUACGAAAACGGCUUUAGCAUGCCCGGCUACUUGUAUCUCCCUCCCCAGCAUGCACGACUGCCCGGCAAGAUACCGCUCCUCUUAUACUUUGGCGGCGCCGAUUCGACAAAGGAGGAGCUGCACUUCCUGUUCGGCCACUCGGGGCCGCAGGUGGGCUACGCCAUCCUCUGCCUGGAGGGCCCCGGCCAGGGCCUGCUGCUGAAGAAGUCGGGAGUCCCUCUGCGGCCUGAAUUCGAGGUUGUUGCGGACAAGGUGCUGGCCUUUGUCGAGAAUUUGUCUCGGUCGUCAGAGCUGCAGCUGGAUCUGGACAGGAUCGCCGUGGCGGGCGCAGCCACCGGGGGAUACUUUGCCCUCCGCGCCGCCACCGACGCCCGCGUCAAGGCAUGCGUGUCCAUCGACCCGUUCUUCAGCAUGUAUGAGCUGGCCAUGACCCGCCUUCCCCAGUUCUACGUCAGCCUGUGGGAGAGGGGCUGGAUCACCGACGGCUUCUUCAACUGGUCCUCGGGUCUGGCGGGCAGGAUAGACUUCCUGACUCGAUGGGAAUUGGCCCUGGGCACCAGCAGCACGGGCGUCGAGACGUUUUCUGCCAUGCUGCGACGCUUCAAGGACUUCUCCCUGGAUACCAAGAAGGACGGGAAGGUCUUGGACAGGAUCACCUGCCCCGUGUUUCUCACGGGUCCCGGUGCCGGUCGCGAGAUGUACUCUUCGGCAGAGGCUGGGGCGCUCAAGAUCCACAAGUUGCUCACCAUGGUGCCGGAGAGCAACAAGGAACUCUGGGUCCCGACGGAGGAAGCAGACGGCGGGUUGACAGCCAAGGUUGGAGCCUGGCCCCUGUUGGCGCAGAAGAGCUUCCAAUUUCUAGACAAGCAUUUUGGCAUUGAUCGGAAGAGUGCGCCGGGAAGCAAAUAGGGUUUCCCAACAGUAUUGAUAAUAAACCAUGGC